AUGCCGUCUAUACGGGACCGCUUCCUUGCUGCAGAAGAUCAGUUCCUCAUUGCUGUAGCCGACGGAGACGCAGCGAUUGAAACAUUCGACCGCUCCUGGCACGCUUUACUCGAAGAAACCCGAAUGGCUAUGCAUACCUCGGCGCUGGACGAGGAAACGACGUAUCUUGUUGAAAGCGUCUCCGCUUCAAUUGAUGUACUCGCAUCCUCAUUUUCGGAUCUCUUCAGCACUUCCGAUACUCUGCAUUCUGACAUGGGCACUGAAGUAGAGGACGCCUUGGCGCGAUUGUCACUAGACUCCGAUGAGGAGGAGGACCUCAUAUCGCCGACCUUCAUACAUUCUCCUCUAGCAAUGAAGCACGAAAAUGAUACGUAUGGACGAUCCUCCAUAGCUUUCGGAUAUCCAGCUUUCCUGAACUUCAGGGAACCAUCCCUCGUGUCGGACGGCACCUCUGAGGGUGACGACGAUGACGACCUUCCGAGUACACCAGUCAUUGGCAAACGUUCCCUAGAUGAUUUCGACCAAGGUGUUGGGCGGAUAGCAAAGCGUGCUCGAUCAUUGUCUCAUCCAUCGGACAACACCCUCGCGUCAUGGCCAUGGGAUUGCGAGCACGACCCUUCCGUUCUCCCUGGACCUCAAACCGAUGUGUGCCGUGACACACGUCCUCUCCCACACCGCAAGGCCUUGGGCGCACCGGCAGGCCACUCACCUGCCCGGACGCAGCUCAAGCGUCGAUUCUCUGACGCCACUGAUUUACCUGCGCCCAAACGACCUCGUGGCCUACAGGCGGAGCCGAGGAGACAUACAGUCUCCAAUCCUCUUCCAGGUCGUGCCGACGACCUCGAGACUCAAACGCACAACAUAUAUGAUUGGGCUUCGACGUUCGAAAUCGUUGAGCCGGCUACAUUUGCACCUCCAAGCACUUCCCUACCUAUGGUGGUGGAAGUCUUCUCGAAUUGGCACAAGCGCGAUGCUCAACCUUCUAUUGGCUUGGCGGAUGGUGGUUGCGUCGUGAUGGACCCACCGUCUGGCAUGGAAGCAGAGGAACUACGUCUCGAGACACCUGGGGACUCCGUACUCGUUGCUGACAGCACGAACGCUAGUGCUCUAGGCGCCAUGACUGAGCCUAUGGCUAGCGCCUACGUGGCGCUAUCUUCGCUGGACGAACAGGUCGGUAGCCCUCGGGACGAGGACGGCGCGUCUGGGGAGCCACGUCAAUCGCUGUCAACGUCGGAACAUAGCAUCUCGGACGCCACUCUUUUGGCUUCACACGAGUUCACCCCUUCUUCAACCUCCGCUAUGUUGCCCGCCCUCCUUGAUGCCACGGAACAUUCUGCUUCAACUUCUGCAGUCGAGACCUCCGUUGAGCCGCCUAGUCGCUCUCCAUCGCCAUUCGAAACGCCGCCUCCUUCCUUUGAGCGUGCAAUGGCUAGGGUUUCUGAUCCUGAUCUGCCUGGCUGCUCAUCGCUUGACCUAUACGCUCCAAUGGGAUCCUCUGCUCUUCCGCCACCAUGUGAAUACUCCUCCAAUACUAAGCGUCGGUCGACCAAUACCAUUGGCAGCAAAGGCAACUUACUGGAUGUCGGCGCGCUCCUCGCCGAGCUACUUCCUUUCACAUCUGCCGGAGAGAAGCACGGCUUUAUGGACGCGUUCCAUAAAUAUGUGCAUGUCCCGCGGGCGGGCUUUGCAAUCACCAUAUAA